AUGUCAGGAGCAGCAAACAGAGAACAGGUGUUUCCAACGCGUAUGACGUUGGGUGUCAUGAAGACGAAACUAAAGGGAGCCCAAACGGGACAUUCUUUACUAAAAAGAAAAUCCGAAGCUUUGACCAAGAGAUUUAGAGAUAUAACAAAAAGAAUUGAUGAUGCAAAGAGAAAGAUGGGUCGUGUGAUGCAAACCGCAGCAUUUUCUCUAGCUGAAGUUUCAUAUGCUACUGGAGGUAACAUAGGAUUCCAAGUACAAGAAAGUAUUAGUAAUAAUGCGAGGUUUAAAGUGAAGGCUAAGCAGGAAAACGUUUCUGGUGUUUAUUUACCGCAAUUUGAAGCCGAUAUAAAUGAAAACAUCAACGAUUUCAAAAUGACUGGUUUGGGCAGAGGUGGACAACAAGUUCAAAGAGCAAGAGAAGUUUAUAGUAAAGCAGUUGAAACUUUAGUUGAUUUAGCAUCGUUACAAACGGCGUUCGUUAUAUUAGAUGAUGUGAUCAAAGUCACAAAUAGAAGAGUCAAUGCCAUUGAACAUGUUAUUAUCCCAAGGACGGAAAAUACGAUUUCCUACAUUAAUUCAGAACUAGAUGAGUUAGAUAGAGAGGAGUUCUAUAGAUUGAAAAAAGUCCAAGAAAAGAAACAAAUAGCAGUAGCAGCUGCCGAUGCCGAGGUUGCCGCAAAGAAGGCAGCCCUUCAAGCAAAAGAACUUGCAGAAAAAGAGGACGAUACAGAGAAGCUUGUUGUUAAAGAUGAAACUAUCAAGAAUGAGCAGGAAGCUUUAGAGAAUGGUGACAAAGAAGGCACAAGUGCAAACACAUUGGUCACGGAAAAUGAAGAAGAUGUUAUUUUCUGA